AUGACUUCGGAAGCGCCAAAGGAGGACUCUAGCUCGUCCUCUGUGCAAUCAGAGAGGGUUUCGUACAAUGGAUUCGACGAAAAGACGCAGGACGAGAUUCACCAGUUGGCUGAGACGUUCUCACAUCAGAGUCUAGCGAAAGUGGCAUCUUCAAUCGCCGCGGAGGGUGUGAACCCGGUUUUUGAUGGCGAAACAGACGCCAACUAUAGUGCCAAGCUCGACCCUACGUCAGACGACUUCAGCAGUGCUGACUGGGUCAAAAAUAUGUCUCGACUAGUGCAGUCGGACCCGGAAUAUUUCAAGCCGUACGAACUGGAUUGUUGCUGGAAGAACCUGAGUGCUUCGGGUGAUUCUGCGGACGUUGCUUAUCAAACGACCGUUUCGAAUCUGCCAACGAAGCUAAUUUCUACAGCCUAUAGACAGCUCAGACCUGCAAAGGAGACUGAUACUUUCCAAAUUCUGAAGCCAAUGGAUGGUUUAGUCAAGGCCGGCGAACUGCUGGUCGUGCUGGGUAGACCGGGUUCUGGUUGCUCCACGCUGUUGAAGACCAUUUCAUCGAAUUCCCACGGGUUCAAGGUUUCCAAAGACUCUGUUAUCUCAUACAAAGGUUUAUCGCCACUUGAUAUAAGCAAACAUUUCAGAGGUGAAGUUGUCUACAAUGCAGAAGCCGAUAUUCAUUUGCCUCAUCUUACAGUCUAUCAAACGCUAUUGACAGUGGCACGCUUAAAGACUCCAAGUAAUCGUAUACCAGGCAUUUCAAGGGAAGCUUGGGCCAACCACGUGACCGAGGUUGCAAUGGCAACUUACGGUCUAUCACACACGAGAAAUACCAAAGUUGGUAACGAACUAGUACGGGGUGUUUCUGGUGGUGAAAGAAAGCGUGUAUCUAUCGCAGAGGUUACAAUUUGUGGUUCAAAAUUCCAGUGUUGGGAUAACGCAACAAGAGGUUUGGAUUCUGCCACUGCAUAUGAAUUUAUUCGUGCUUUAAAGACUCAGGCAACCAUUCAAAACACUGCUGCCACCAUUGCCAUUUAUCAAUGUUCACAAGAUGCAUACGAUUUAUUUGACAAAGUUUGUGUCCUUGACGCUGGUUACCAAAUUUUCUUCGGUCCUUCAAAUGAAGCUAAAAAAUACUUUCAAGAUAUGGGUUAUUACUGUCCUGAAAGACAAACUACUGCAGAUUUCUUAACAGCUGUUACAAGCCCUCAAGAGAGAAUUAUAAAUCAAGAAUUCAUUGAAAAAGGUAUUCAUGUGCCACAAACUCCAAAAGAAAUGUCAGACCAUUGGUUAAAAUCAGAAAACUAUAAAAAACUACUAAGAGAUAUCGAUGCCAAUCUGUCGGAAAAUGACGAGGAGAGUAAAACUGCAGUUAGAGAAGCUCAUAUUGCAAAGCAGUCUAAGAGGGCCAGGCCUUCUUCACCUUAUACUGUAAGUUAUAUGAUGCAGGUGAAAUAUCUAAUAAUCCGUAAUUUUUGGAGAAUUAGAAACAGUUCAGGUGUUACUCUUUUCCAAGUUAUUGGUAAUUCUGCCAUGGCCUUAAUUUUAGGUUCCAUGUUUUAUAAAAUUAUGAAAGUCCCCGAUACUGAUACUUUCUAUUAUCGUGGUGCUUCAAUGUUUUUCGCUGUUUUAUUCAAUGCUUUUUCAUCGUUAUUAGAAAUUUUCUCUCUAUUCGAGGCAAGACCAAUUACUGAAAAGCAUAGAACUUAUUCUUUAUACCAUCCAAGUGCUGAUGCGUUUGCAUCAGUUCUAUCAGAGGUUCCAAGCAAAAUACUUACUUCAGUUUGUUUCAACAUUAUCUUUUAUUUUUUGGUCAAUUUCAGAAGAAAUGGUGGUAGAUUUUUCUUUUACUUUUUAAUCAAUAAUGUUGCAACAUUUACAAUGUCACAUCUUUUCAGAUGCGUUGGUUCACUCUGUAAUAGUUUUACAGAAUCAAUGGUUCCUGCUUCUAUGUUACUAUUAGCAUUCGUUAUGUUUACAGGUUUUGCAGUGCCAGAGACAAAAAUGCUUGGUUGGUCGAAAUGGAUUUGGUAUAUCAAUCCGCUUGCAUACCUCUUCGAAUCAUUGAUGGUAAAUGAAUUUCAUGGUCGUGAUUUUGAAUGUUCAACCUUUAUUCCUAGUGGAUCCGGUUAUCAAAGUGCUACAGGUACCGAACGCGUUUGUUCUGCAGUUGGUGCUGUUGCCGGCAAUGAUUUUGUCAAUGGUGAUGCCUUUUUGAGUACAUCUUACAAUUAUGUUAAUAACCAUAAAUGGCGUGGAUUCGGUGUUGGUAUGGCGUUUUUGAUUUUCUUUUUCUUUGUUUAUUUAGUCCUUUGUGAAUACAACCAAGGUGCAAAGCAAAAGGGUGAAAUGCUAGUAUUUCCUCAUUCUAUUGUUAGAAAAUAUAAGAAGGAGCAAAAAUUGAACACACCUCGUAAUUCUGAUGAUAUCGAAAAAACUGCUGGAAAUGAUUCUAUAAGUACUACAGAUAAACAACUCCUACAAGAUUCUUCUGAUUCUUCAUCCGAUAGUAACGGUGUAGGUUUGAGUAAAUCUGAGGCAAUUUUCCACUGGAGAGAUUUAUGUUACGAUGUCCAAAUCAAGAAAGAAACCAGACGUAUCUUGAACAAUGUCGAUGGAUGGGUUAAACCCGGUACUUUGACAGCUUUAAUGGGUGCUUCAGGCGCAGGUAAAACAACUUUGCUGGAUAGUUUAGCGGAAAGAAUUACCAUGGGUGUUAUUACCGGUGAUGUUUUCAUUGAUGGUGAACCUCGUGACAGUUCCUUCCCUAGAUCUAUUGGUUAUUGUCAGCAGCAAGAUUUGCACUUGAAAACUGCAACUGUGAGAGAAUCUUUAAUCUUUUCAGCACACUUGCGUCAACCAGCUUCUGUUUCUGUUGAGGAUAAGAAUAAAUACGUGGAUGAGGUUAUUAAGAUUUUGGAAAUGGAAAAGUAUGCAGAUGCUGUUGUUGGUGUUGCUGGUGAAGGUUUGAAUGUUGAACAAAGAAAAAGACUUACAAUCGGCGUUGAGCUAGUCGCUAAACCAAAGUUGUUGGUUUUCUUGGACGAACCUACAUCUGGUUUGGAUUCUCAAACUGCUUGGUCUAUCUGUCAAUUAAUGAAAAAACUUGCUGAUCACGGGCAAGCAAUUCUUUGUACAAUUCAUCAACCUUCUGCUAUCUUGAUGCAAGAAUUUGAUCGUUUAUUAUUUUUACAACGUGGUGGUAAAACCGUAUAUUUUGGUGAAUUAGGUGAAGGAUGCCAAACCAUGAUUGACUAUUUUGAAUCACAUGGCUCACAUAAAUGUCCGCCAGAUGCAAACCCCGCGGAAUGGAUGUUAGAAGUCGUAGGUGCUGCACCCGGUAGUCAUGCCAAUCAAGAUUAUAACGAAGUUUGGAGAAAUUCUGAGGAAUACAGAGCUGUUCAAGCGGAAUUAGAUUGGAUGGAAAGGGAGUUACCAAAUAAAGUUAAGAACACGACUGACGAUGACGAUAAGCAUUCACAGUAUGCAACCUCUUUAUGGAAACAGACUUGCUAUGUUUGCAUUCGUUUAUUCCAACAAUAUUGGAGAUCUCCAGAUUAUAUUUGGCCAAAAUUCAUUAUGACAGUGUUCAACAAUUUAUUCAUUGGAUUUACUUUCUUCAAAGCGGAUAGAUCACUUCAAGGUCUACAGAAUCAAAUGUUGUCAGUUUUCAUGUUCACAGUUAUCUUUAAUACCCUUUUACAACAAUAUCUUCCAUCCUUUGUUGAACAAAGAGAUCUUUACGAAGCUAGAGAGAGACCUUCGAGAACUUUUUCGUGGAAAGCAUUUAUCACUUCUCAAAUUGUCGUUGAGGUACCUUGGAACUUUUUGGCUGGUACCCUCGCAUAUCUCAUUUAUUACUAUGCCGUUGGUUUCUACUCAAAUGCUUCCAUGGCAGGCCAACUUCACGAAAGAGGAGCCUUGUUUUGGUUAUACUCAACUGCAUUCUACGUUUGGAUUGGUUCUAUGGGGUCCAUGUGUAUCGCUUUAGUUCCAGUUAAGGAGGCAGCUGCCAAUUUAGCUUCUUUGUUGUUCACAAUAUCGUUAUCGUUUUGUGGUGUUAUGGCUACUGCUUCAGCAAUGCCAAGAUUUUGGAUUUUCAUGUACAGAGUUUCACCAUUGACAUAUGUUAUUGAUGGUUUACUAAGCACUGGUAUUGCUAAUGUUAAUAUUGAAUGUGCUGAUUAUGAAUUGGUUCACUUUGAUCCAGCAUCGGGACAAACUUGCUCAGAAUAUAUGCAACCUUUUAUACAGAGUCGGGGAACUGGUUAUUUGACAAAUCCAUCUGCUACUUCCGAUUGUUCUUUCUGCAGCGUUUCUCAUACUAAUGAUUAUCUGAGCGGUGUUGGAUCGUCUUAUCACCACAGGUGGAGAAACUAUGGUAUAUUCAUCGCUUACAUCGUUUUUGAUUAUGCUGCGACCGUAUUUUUGUACUGGUACAUGAGGGAGCCAAAGUCAGCAAAGAAAGCUAAGAAAGAUAAGAAAGAGUGA